AUGUCCCGUGCUAUUGCCCUGUCCCAAGUGUUGAUCGACGGCCAGUUAACUGCGGCCACCGUGAUUGUUUCCUCUGAAACCGGGACCAUCCUCGAGAUCGUCCCCAAAGUGCUCAAGCAGGACGACCCCACAUUAGCCCGCUACAACGUCGUCAAAGUGGAAGAUGUGUCUCCCAAAGUGGUUAUGCCGGGGAUUGUUGAUGCCCACGUCCACCUUAACGAACCUGGUCGUACGGAAUGGGAAGGGUUCGCCACUGGCACUCAGGCGGCAGCUUCUGGCGGGGUCACUACGGUGAUCGAUAUGCCCUUAAACGCUAUCCCUCCUACCACUACUGUGGAAAACUUUAACCUUAAGAUUGAAGCUGCUAAGGGACAAACCUGGGUUGACGUUGGCUUCUGGGGUGGUCUUGUCCCCACUAAUUUGGAAGACUUGAAGCCGUUGAUCCGUAUGGGGGUGAGAGGGUUUAAAGGGUUCUUGAUCAACCUGGGGGUCGAUGAAUUCCCCGCCAUUGACCCGGAAUACAUUCGUAAGGCGAUGACCACCGUCGAAGGCGAACCGACUCUUUUGAUGUUCCACGCGGAAAUGGAACCCCACGACUUCGAUGAACACGCCACCGAUAACCUUGACCCCAAGCAAUACUCGACAUUCUUGGCGCUGAGACCCGAUAACUUCGAGACGCUCGCCAUCAGCAACAUCAUCAAGUGUCUGGAGGAGAACCCUCGCGUGCCGCUUCACAUUGUCCACUUAGCCACUCAGGAGGCCGUGCCCAUGCUCAAACAGGCUCAGGAAAAGGGGUUGCCGGUGCUGGCAGAAACCUGCUUCCACUACUUGUCUUUGCUGGCGGAACACAUCGAAAACUGCUGCACUCACUUCAAGUGCUGUCCUCCCAUCAGACUGGAGGAAAACCGCAAGAACCUCUGGAAGGCUCUUGAAGACAACGUCGUCACCACCGUGGUGUCGGACCACUCGCCCUGCACUCCUGACUUGAAGGGAGUCAACCACAUGGACUUCUUCAAGGCGUGGGGUGGCAUUUCUUCCGUGGGCUUGGGCUUGCCUAUUCUCCACACUGAAGGUAAGAAGCAACUGCCUCCCGUGCUGGUAGCCCAGAUCUCCGAGUGGUGCUCUAAGAACACCGCGAAGCAGGUGGGUUUGUCCCACAGAAAGGGUGAGAUUAAGGUGGGCAUGGACGCCGAUCUCGUGGUGUUUGACCCGGAAGCGAAGUGGACCAUCCACAACAAGGACGUGUUGUUCAAAAACAAGGUCACCGCCUACGACGGCAUGCAGUUCGUCGGCAAAGUCGACGAAACCAUUGUCGGGGGCAAGACCGUGUACACCGCUGCCGACGGCAUUUCCGCCGAGCCCAAGGGCUCGCUCAUUCUCGAACCGAGAGUUGCAUCGCUUGUAUAG